AUGAGUUGGGGGGGUUUCAAGAAGGCAAUCAAUCGAGCUGGAAACAGUGUUUUAAUUAAAAAUGUUGACAAGACUGUAGACAAGGAAUAUGACAUUGAAGAGCGUCGGUACAGGACUCUCGAGAGGGCUGGGAAAGAGCUUCAGAAGGAAGCCAAAGGCUAUUUGGACUCGCUGCGAGCUGUAACGGCUUCUCAAGUUACAAUUGCGGAAGUAAUUUCUAACCUGUAUGACGAUUCCAAGUCAGUCAGUGGUGGUGGAUACAACGUUGGGAACUACUAUCUCCAAUGUGUUCAAGACUUCGAUUCUGAGACAGUAAAGCAACUGGAUGGGCCCUUCCGGGAAACAGUUUUGGAUCCAAUAACAAAGUUUUCGACCUAUUUCAAUGAAAUUGGUGAUGCCAUUAAGAAAAGAGACCACAAGAAACAGGACUAUGAUGCAGCCAAGGCCAAAGUUCGCCGUUUAAUCGACAAGCCUGCGAAGGACGCAUCGAAGUUGCCCCGGUCUGAGAAAGAGCUUUCACUGGCCAAGGACAUCUUCGACAAUCUCAACGAACAGCUCAAAACUGAGUUGCCGCAACUGGUGUCUCUGAGAGUACCUUACUACGACCCGAGCUUUGAAGCCCUUGUUAAGAUUCAACUGCGGUUCUGUACUGAGGGCUAUACGCGGCUUGCCCAAAUACAGCAGUAUCUCGACCAGCAAUCACGGGACGACUACGCCAAUGGCCAGCUAGACGAGAAAAUCGCAGAUCUUCUCCAGCAGAUGACCAACCUCAACAUUUGCGCAUUGGGCAUAAAAUGA